UCUCACUAGGCUGAAGCGGACGAUGCUGUGGAUGCUGGCCAGGGCGUUGGCUUUUCGGAGACCCGGGCGAGGCGGGUCCCGCGGGAGGGGGCUGUGGACCGGCCGCCCGCAGUCAGAUAUUGAGAAUACGAAGCCCCUGGAGGGUGUGCGGAUUCUGGAUCUAACAAGAGUUCUGGCAGGACCUUUUGCCACGAUGAAUUUAGGAGAUCUUGGAGCUGAGGUUAUAAAAGUGGAAAGACCAGGAGCUGGUGAUGACACAAGAACUUGGGGACCUCCUUUUGUGAACACAGAAAGUACAUAUUUUCUUAGUGUUAAUCGAAAUAAAAAAAGUAUAGCUGUUAAUAUCAAGGAUCCAAGAGGGGUGAGAAUCGUCAAAGAGCUUGCAACUGUUUGUGAUGUGUUUGUGGAAAACUAUGUCCCUGGCAAACUUUCUGAGAUGGGGCUAGGAUAUGAAGACAUAGACAAGAUUGCUCCUCACAUCGUCUAUUGUUCCAUCACAGGCUAUGGCCAGACAGGGCCCAUGUCUCAGAGAGCAGGUUAUGAUGCUAUUGCCUCUGCCGUGUCUGGUCUGAUGCACAUCACAGGGCCUGAGGAUGGAGAUCCUGUUCGUCCAGGAGUGGCCAUGACUGACCUUGCCACUGGCCUGUUUGCCUAUGGAGCCAUUAUGGCUGGCCUCAUACAACGUUACAGAACUGGAAAAGGACUGUUCAUUGAUUGUAAUCUACUGUCAUCUCAGGUGGCGUGUUUGACUCAAGUAGCCGCUAAUUAUCUGAUUGGCCGAAAGGAAGCAAAGCGCUGGGGCACAGCUCACGGCAGCAUUGUUCCUUAUCAGGCUUUUAAAACCAAGGAUGGCUAUCUUGUAAUUGGAGCAGGAAAUAACCAACAGUUUGCUGUUGUGUGCAAGAUCUUGAACUUGCCUGAACUGAUUGCUGAUUCUAAGUAUAGAACGAACCAUCUUCGGGUACAGAAUCGAAAAGAGCUUGUGAAAAUCCUAUCUGCAAGGUUUGCAGAAGAAGUGACUGCCAAGUGGCUUUGUCUCUUUGAAGGAAGUGGGAUCCCAUAUGGUCCAAUCAACAGCAUGAAGGAUGUGUUUUCAGAAGCCCAGGUGUUGCACAAUGGCCUUGUGAUGGAGAUGAAUCAUCCCACUGUGGGGAAGAUCUCAGUCCCAGGUCCAGCUGUGAGAUACAGUAAGUUCAAGAUGUCAGAGGCAAAGCCUCCUCCCCUGCUGGGACAGCACACAAGGCAAGUCCUGAAAGAGGUCCUCAGAUAUGAUGAUGGGGCUAUUGGGGAGCUACUCAGCUCUGGUGUGAUAGAACAGCAGGAAACCGAGUGACCAGAAUGAUGGCAGCAGAAGACUGGACCUGGCAGCCAAGAUAAUGCUCUGUGUGUACCCUUCCUCAGUCUCCAUCCUACUGCAAUGCACAGUGAGAAAAGAACAGCAGAUUUCCUGCCCAGCAUCUCUGGGGUAACUUCAGAAUUAAAGUCUAGUGGCCAUUUAAAAACCUAUUAUUUUGACUUUUUUCCUCCAGAAAAUAGUUGAAUUGUUGAUUUUUAGACUUUGAUUAAUUCUAAUAUUUUUAUCCAAAGGAAGUGAUGAAUAUUUGGUGAUGGAAUGUUGUCCUGAUUUGAUUUCUCC